AUCAAAAUCAUAAUACAUUUAGUAAUUAGAUUUUUUACCAUACAAAUCUUUUUUUUCUUCCAAAUAAGUAUAUAUGUAUAUGUAUAUGUAUAUGUAUACAUUGAACAAUGAGCUAUCACUGAAUCUCUGUUAUAUAUAGUCUUCUCCUUCUCCCAAAUGAUAUAUUACAGUUGAAUCAUCUUGGCAUUGGUUUCUGAACAUAUUUGAAAAAGAGACGGCGACAGAUUUUGGCGAUGAUAGCGCUUAACACAAUGAUGAUUGCGGCUGCAUUUGAGAUCAUAGCGAUUAUAUUCGCACUUUUCUGGAUUUACAGAGUACUCUGUUAUGACCACAAAAAUUCCCGUAACGAUUCAACCAUUAGGAGAGAAGUUGAGGUGAUGCCUGAAUUUGUGAUGGAGUUCCCGAUGGAGGAAAUGAUGCCUGAAGGCCUGACUGAGUUCUCGUGGGAGGAAGUGAGGCAAGCAACGAACGAUUAUAACGUGGAUAAUCUUAUCGGGUUUGGAUGUUAUGGACAUGUUUAUAGUGGGCUGAUCGGAGACAUGCCUGUUGUGAUCAAAACGGGGAUUGGUUAUCGACAUCCUACAUUCUUGUCUGAGGUUUCGUACAUGUCGUCUAAAACACAACAUAGGAAUGUGGUUAAACUUGUCGGCUAUUGUUACAAAGAGGGUGAGUACGAAGUGCUCGUCUAUGAGUAUUUGAUCAAGGGUAACCUGCAAGAUUAUCUGAAAGAACAUGCUGGUUUAACGUUCAAGCAAAGGGUAUCUGUAGCUCUUGGAGCAGCCAAAGGGUUGCAACACUUGCACAACUUGAGCCCUCCAUUACAACACAAAAGGUUUAGAACGAACAAAGUUAUGCUUGAUGCUUACCUCAAUGCCAAGAUUUCAGAUGCGGGAAUGUCGGGAUUUCUUCAAGAAAUACCUGUUGGUCGUUUGAUCUUCGAUAAUGAUACUGGUGGUUCAGAGGAAACUGUUGACGUCUACAGCUUCGGGUUGUUCCUUCUAGAGCUUUUCACCGGUGAAGAACCACAAGAGCUAACAUCAAACAAUGACAUUUUUCUAUGGAUAGGUGAGCUGAUGUAUUUAGACACAUUGUCCGAUGAGAGGACUGGAACGUUCAAGAGAGAGUCGUUGAUAAGUUUGAUGAUGAUAAUGAUGAAUUGCUUGAUAUAUCCAGCGACGGAACGGGUAAAUAUGGACGUGGUUGUGACAGAGCUCGAGAAGAUUGAACAGAAUGAAGAAGUUCCGCUCCAUAUGAUUAUCUUACCAGAAGAAUAAGAGAGAAGACAAAAAAGUAUUGUUGUAAACCGUAAUGAAUUAUCUAAAAUAAACCGGAUGAUUCCAAAUU